CCCGAUUGUUUAAACGUAACUGCGUAGGCACUAAUAGCGUACACGUGUUUUUAUUUAUUUUUGUCUUUCUUUUCUUUACAUAUUAACAGGACCACGAGUUAGUGAAACGCACUGGAGACGAGGAAGUUUGUCAUUCACAGACAACUUUCAGUUCUAUUGUCAGUGACUGCAGUUGUAUGCGCUGUUGACUAACAAUGACUGCUUUGAAAGUAACUAUUUUUAUUUUGGCAUGUGCUGUUGCGACGGUGGUGAAACUCGAAAAGGUGCAGAAGGUGACUGUCUACUGGGAUGCCACCCAUAAGGCAGUGCUUCUGAAAGAGGGUGUGCUGGAAAAAGAAGGCGAUGCUUAUGGUUACUACAAUGACUCCUUAUUGUCAACGGGCUGGGGCGUGCUGGAGAUCCGGGCUGGAUAUGGCAAGACUCCUGAAACAGAUGACAUCACCUACUUCCUGGCGGGCUACCUGGAGGGAUACCUCACUGCCCAGCAGAUGUAUGACUACUUCACCAACAUGUAUCCGCAGGUGAUAACAGACCCCAAAACUCUGGUUGCUGUGAAGAACUUUAUGAUUAAGCAGGAUGCAUGGGCUCGAGAGCAGGUGAAGUUGACUAAGAGCAGUGAUCCACUGUGGCGUCAUGUAGGCUUCCUGCUGGCCCAGAUGGACGGGCUGCAGGCGGGCAUGGGUGAUUGGGCCAAGCGCAUGGGCCAGAAGCCCCUGACCCAGUUUGCAGUGCAGUUUCUGAAUGCGAUCGGUGAUCUUCUGGACCUCAUCCCGGCGUUGGUCCCUGGUGCUAGAGUUAAUCUGAUGAAAGAGCCACCCAUGGGCCACUGCUCCGCCCUCAUUAAGAUGUUGCCAGGCUAUGAGAAUCUCCUCUUUGCCCACUCAAGCUGGUACACUUAUGCUGCCACUCUGCGCAUAUUCAAGCACUGGGACUUCAAAGUCACAGAAGCACACACUGCUACUGGGAAACUUUCCUUCAGCAGCUAUCCUGGUUCUUUGGUGUCUAUGGAUGACUUCUAUCUACUGGGCAGUGGCUUAAUGAUGACGCAGACCACCAACAAUAUCUUCAACUCCUCAUUGUUUGACCACAUCACUCCUGCUAGUCUCUUUGCCUGGCAGAGGGUCCGUGUGGCCCACGCGCUGGCUCAUACCGGACCAGAGUGGGGCCAGGUUUUCUCCAAGUUCAACUCUGGCACUUAUAAUAACCAGUACAUGGUGUUGGACAUGAGCAAGGUUUUCCUGGGUUCCAGUAUUGAUGAUGGAGCUCUGACGAUAGUGGAGCAGAUUCCAGGACUCGUGGAGUACUCUGAUCAGACGCAGGCACUGCGGAGGGGUUACUGGCCAUCUUACAACGUGCCCUUCCAUCGGAAGAUCUACCUGCUGAGCGGCUAUGAACAGUUGUGGAAGAAAUACGGAAAUAAUUUCUCCUAUGACCUUUGCCCUCGAGCUAAGAUUUUCCGGCGGGAUCAAGCGUCAGUGACUGACCUUGCCUCCCUCAAGCACAUUAUGAGAUACAAUGACUAUAAGCAUGAUCCGUACUCUGAGGGUAAUGCUUGCAAGUCCAUCUGCUGCCGUAAUGACCUGGUUCAGAAGCAUGCAAGUCCUGGGGGUUGCUAUGACACCAAGGUAACAGAUUUUUCCAUGGCACACAAAUUUGUGUCUGAGGCUUUAAAUGGACCGACCACAGAGGAUGGGCUGCCUCCGUUCUCCUGGGACCAGUUCAACAGUACUCUGCACCAGGGCCUGCCCCGCAUCUACAACUACACCUUCAUUCCCAUGCAGCCACUGAUGUUCACUCCAUCAAUCCCGGUGACUCCGGAAAAUUCUCGGGUCACAUCUGAUUAUUAAUUCAAUUAUUUCUUCCUCAAACUUGCACAGUUCCUGCUUCAAAAGUGCAGCACUUCAGAGUCUUUGGUUAAAAAAACCCCCACACAAACUUGGAACUGUUGUGUAAAAAAACAAACAAACAAAAAAAAAAAACAUGGCUCAUUUAAUAAUUAAUUUCUACAGAAAAAUAACCUUUUGAAACCAGGAAGUGCCCCUUGAAAACAUUAAGCCAUAAUGAAUGUGACACAAUGAAUGUGACAUAUAUCAGCUCUGAUCAGAGAUGUCUGACGAGCUGCAGUUGUGUUUUAACCUCUCAGGACCAGUGAAUACCAUGUACCAGAAGCAGGUAUGCAUUGCCAGGAUUUGAUUUUAAGUGUUCUUUGCAUGGGUAUUUUGAUUUUUAAAAUUAGUGUCUUUGUGUCAAGUUUGCUGUUGACAAUGUAUAGACUGGGAUAAAAUGAAAUAUUGCAAGAGUUAAUCAAAUGGAAUAUGCUGAAAAUAUUGUACAUGAAUUUCAUAUGCAAUCAAUAAAGACUGCCAGAGCA